CGAACCGCAUAAAACCCGGUAGAAUGACGCGAGAUAGCGCUAGACUAACCCCACAUCGCACUACCGGGAUGGGGGAACCGACGCCGAUGUCGCCGGAGAGUCUUCCGUCUUGAAGAUUGGUAAUCAUUUUCCAUUUCCGUCUCAAACGAAGACAUCCCAUCCCGUCUCCGAUUCAACAUCACACUGCCAAAAGCACCACGGACAUUAACACCCACACCAACACCACAGCAACACCGUCACAAUGACGCUCCUCAAAUUCUCUUCCCUCGAGGACGAAAGUAAACAGAACCCAACUCUCAAAGGCCACAAACUCGUCAUCCUCACGCCCUCGGCCCCAACACCAGGCUACAUCGAUACUCUCCAGAAACAGUUUCCCGACUUGAUCAUCGAAUACCACAAGUCCGAAUGGACCCAAGCCGAGUCGCCGUUUCCCAUCAAACAGUGGAAAGAUGUCACUAUCGCCUUGACCUUGACCUACCUCCCGCAACCAAAGGAUGCGCCGAAGCUGCACUAUGUUCAGCUGAACAGUGCUGGAGCGAACCAUAUUCUGGAUCAUCCGCUGUUUAGGGAUACGGAGGUGGAGUUUUGUUCUGCUAAUGGGGUUCAUGGGCUUUUCAGCCCCCAAAUCUCCGAAUGGAUCCUCCUCACCUACCUCGCCUUCAACCACCGACUCCCCCACUACCUCGACCUCCAACGCCAGGCCCACUGGUCCCGCGGCAACGUCGACUCCAUCGAAGACGCCACCGCCAAAACCGUCGGCAUUUUGGGCUACGGCGCCAUCGGCCGCCAGACUGCUCGCCUCGCUGUCGCCAUGGGCAUGAAAGUCCACGCUUACACUUUGCACCCGCGGCCCACGCCCGAGUCGAGGAAGGAUAGAAGCUGGGCGCCCGCGGGGAUGGGUGAUCCCGAUGGGGAGUUUCCUAGCAAGUGGUUCAGUGGUGCUAGCAAGGAGGAUUUGCACACGUUCUUGGGGAGCGGGUUGGACCUGCUGGUUGUGUCGACACCACUUACCCCUGGCACCAAACACUUGCUAGGGAAGGAGGAGUUCCAGAUCUUGUACAACUCCUCCCCUUCCAUCAACUUCGUCGACGAGACUGGUCACAGCGAAACGUGCGGGCGGACCUUUGUGUCGAACGUUGCGCGCGGACCGGUGAUUAACACAGACGACCUGAUCGAGGCGUUGGAAACGGGGUUGAUUAGGGGAGCGGCGCUUGAUGUCACGGACCCCGAGCCACUGCCGGAUGGACAUAAGCUUUGGAGCACGAGGAAUGUGAUUCUCACGCCGCAUGUUAGUGGGGCUAGUACGAGGUAUAAUGAGCGCGUGCUGGCGAUACUGGAGGAGAAUCUCGGGAGGUUCGGGAGGGGGGAGCGGUUGGUUAAUGAGGUGUCUAAGAGGGAGGGGUAUUGA